CUCUGGGUAAAGUGCACAGAGGAAGUGCACACAAGUGUGAUACACUGUGAUUGUUACCAGCGAUGUUUGGUUUUACAGCCUCAGCAGCAGAACAGAUUUCAGGGGAUCAACCAUGUCCCUGUACACAGGCUUUGACAGUCAUCUUUGGGGCGUUAGUAUCAGUUGUGCUAUUUUGGGCAAAUCGCCGCUUUGGAAUUUUCUACCGCCUACUUCACAAGGUGGAAACCCAAAGUCCUUGCCAUGGUGGUGAGAUUGUUGCGAAGGUGCUUCACGCUCAUGGCGUGCGCUUUGUGUUCACCUUAGUUGGUGGCCAUAUAUCUCCUAUUCUGGUUGCCAGUGAAAAGUUGGGAAUACGCGUGGUAGAUACGCGACAAGAAGCUACUGCUGUAUUUGCAGCUGAUGCAGUGGCUAGGUUGUCAGGCACAGUGGGUGUAGCUGCAGUGACCGCAGGUCCAGGUUUGACCAAUACUGUGACAGCUAUAAAGAAUGCACAGAUGGCAGAGUCUCCAGUACUGCUCAUAGGAGGAGCAGCAGCUACAUUACUACAAGGUAGAGGAGCACUCCAGGAUAUAGAUCAGAUGUCGCUUUUCAAGCCUAUUUGUAAAUUUUGUGCAUCAAUUAGAACUAUACGAGAGAUUGUACCUGUACUUAAAAGAGCAAUAGCUGAAGCACAAUCUGGAACACCAGGUCCUGUGUUUAUUGAAUUUCCAAUUGACAUUCUGUACCCUUAUCAUGUUGUCCAUAAGGAGCUGGCUCCUAAAGGAACUCCCAAAGGAAUUAUGGGAAAAAUCAUCAAUUGUUACCUUCAGAGUCACCUGAAUAAUCUGUUUGCUGGGGCUUGGGAGUCUAGAGACCUCUCUCCACUUCCAGUUACUAUCCCUCAGGCCACAUCUGAGCAGAUCCAACAGUGUGUGGAAUUGCUGAGUCGUGCUAAGAAACCGGUGUUUCUUUUGGGAAGUCAAGUCACAUUACCACCUACACCUGUUGAAAAUCUCAGAAAGGUUCUGGAAGCCUUGGGUAUACCUUGCUUUUUGGGAGGCAUGGCGAGAGGCAUGCUGGGAAGGGACAGCCAUUUACACAUUCGUCAGAACCGCAAGGAUGCAUUAAAGGAAGCUGAUUUAGUCAUCAUGGCAGGUACUGUCUGUGAUUUUCGACUUUCUUACGGUCGUGUUCUGAACCGUAAAAGUAAAAUUAUUGCUGUCAAUAGGGAUCGAUCUCAGCUUCUGAAGAACUCCGAUAUGUUCUGGAAACCAACUGUUGCAAUCCAAGGUGAUGCUGCCUCGUUUAUUGUUAAACUUUCUGAGGGACUCAAAGGAUUCUCAUGCCCAUCAGAAUGGACUGAAAGCUUGAAGACGGGAGACAUCAACAAAGAAAAAACAAACCAGAAAAAAGCUGAUGAAAAAACAGAGCUACACCUGAACCCCCUUAAGGUAUUGCAUCUUGUGGAAGAAGCUAUGGCAGAGGACAGUAUCAUUGUAGCUGAUGGGGGGGAUUUCGUAGGCAGUGCCGCUUACAUCCUUCGUCCAAGAGGUCCUCUCCGCUGGCUGGAUCCAGGUGCCUUUGGAACUCUGGGUGUUGGAGGUGGAUUUGCUUUGGGAGCUAAGCUUUGCCGCCCUGAUUCUGAGGUUUGGAUUAUCUUUGGUGAUGGAUCUCUUGGGUACAGCAUUGUUGAGUUUGACACGUACACACGUCAUAAGACUCCAGUCAUCGCUCUUGUUGGAAAUGAUGCCUGCUGGAGUCAGAUUGCACGAGAACAGGUACCCAUGUUGGGUAGUAAUGUUGCCUGUGGCCUGGCAUUCAAUGAUUAUCAUGUUGUAGCCGAGGGCUUUGGUGGAAAAGGCUUCAUCGUUACUCGUCAGGAAGAUGAUCGCAUAGCUGACAUCAUCAAGCAAGCGCAGGAAUCGUGUACAAAGGGAAAAGCCACACUAGUCAACGUACUGAUUGGAAAAACCAAUUUUAGAGACGGAUCUAUUUCUGUGUGAUGCAGCUAUACAAAGUAUGGUUGUACUUGAUUAAUAGAUUUUGUACCUCCUUGGAAACGCAUUCAUUGUUUUCAUUUGGGUAAAAGAUAACUCAGGUACUAUCACGGUAUUUAUGGUGCAAGUAGAAUCGGAAUGUUAAUAUGCAAUACGUGACUUUCUUUUAACUAAUUUUCCUUGAUUGUAUUUUAAACCGUUUUAAUAGUGAGGAUUAAAAAUACUAUAUUAUAAUAACAGAGGGUGAAAUUGAUAACAUUUUCUGCCACUUUUGCUAAUUUAAAUCUCUAAAAACACACCUAAUACGCUUAUCUCUUAUGAUCACUAUAUAACUAUGUAAUAGGGUUUUCGGCAGGAAUUUUACCCCAACGACAUUGGUGCAGGGCUUUGCAAAGGGAUUAAGUUUUAAUUGAAUCCUAUCUCUUGCGCUGAAGCCAGAAUGUCAAAAUGCAGCAGUACUUACUUUGUCUACUUGGGCAUCCUCUCUUUGAGGUGUUAUGGGAGACAAUGGGGCCGAAUGAUCAAGGGCCGAAUGACCCCUGAUCCCCCUGUUUCCGCACGAUUCUUCAGGCUCGCUUGAAACAGGAGUUAAGAAGCAGCGGUCUUAAGACCGCUGCUCCUUAACUCGUCCGCCGCCUCUGAGCAGCGGACAGCAAUCAUCCCGAUCGAAUACGAUCGGGUUGAUUGACACCCCCUGCUAGCGGCCGAUUGGCCACGAAUCUGCAGGGGGCGGCAUUGCACAAGCAGUUCACCAGAACAGCUUGUUCUAUGUUAAAUGCCGACAGCAUAUGCUGUCGGCAUUUAGUGAUGUCGGGCGGACAUGAUUCGACACAGCGAAUCAUGUUCGUCCUCCAUAUGAUAAUUCGGCCCCAAUAUCUCAGUAUAGUCAAGAUUUCUGUCUGUUUAUGGUCUGUUAUCUUGCAGAUACAAAACUGUAGCCAUGUAUUGGUACCUUAAAUAUCUGAGAUUAUAAUGUUACAUUGCUACAUUAUGUGAAGAAUAUUGGGACAGUUUUCAUAACAAUUGAAUGUAUUUAGUAAAACAGUGCUAGUUAAAGGGACAUAAUUCUCAUAUGCUAAAGCAAUUGAAAGUGAUGCAGCAUAACUGUAAAAUGCUGACAAGAAAAUAUCACCUGAGCAUCUCUAUGUAAAAAAGGAAGAUAUUUUACCUCAAAAUUUCUUCAGCUCGCCAGAGUAAGUGCUGUGUAAACAGUUAUGCCCAGCUGCUGUCCAGCUGCCUGCAAGCUGAACAAAAAAAAAUAACCAAUCAGCAUCAGCAGUGAUCUCAUUAUAUUUCACUGAAAUCUCAUGAGAUUUCAUAGAACUUACUAAAACUGAAUAGGAAAAUAACAUGACUGUGGCUGCACAUGACAGAUACACACACCCUAGCUUGUCAUGGAACAAGCAUCCUGACUGGCUGCUUAAAUUCUCUUUACAUUGGGUUGUGAAUACUUAGAAAAUUUGAGGUAAAAUAUCUUUCUUUUUUACAUAGAGAUGUUGAGGUGAUAUUUUCUAGUCAGCCUUUUACAGCAAUGCUGCAUCAGUUUAAUGUGCUUCAACAUUUGGAUAUCAUAUACCUUUACGUCAUUGAUUACCGCAUUUUCUUAAAUUUAAUUUUAGUAAACACUUUAAUCAGCUAAUAAUUUAUAGCAAAGGAAAGAUACUGGGUUGUUAUGUUUUGCUGUUUGCUUUUUUUAGUGAGCAAACCAUAUUGCAGGAUUUUAUUUUGUUUAAAAGGAUACUUUUUACUUUAUUCUUUGAGAAAGAGGGAAUUUUAAAAUGUAUUACAGUAUAUUUUUCUGUUAAUUUAAAUUGAUACAGAUUUUAUGUAGCCUUUUUUUCAUUUAAAUUUUUUUAACAUGUUUAAAGGGACAGUCAACACCAGAAUUUUUGUUUAAAAUAAUAGAUAAUCCCUUUAUUACCCAUUCCCCAGUUUUGCACAACCAACACAGUUAUAAUAAUAAACAUUUCCUCUAUAAUUACCUUGUAUUUAUGCCUCUGCAAACUGCACCCUUAUUUCAGUUCUUUUGACAGACUUGCAUUGUAGCCUAUCAGUGCUGACUCCUAAGUAACUUCACGUGCACGAGCUCAAUGUUAUCUAUAUGACACACAUGAACUAACACCCUCUAGUGGUGAAAAACUGUCAAAAUGCAUUCAGAUUAGAUGUAGCCUUUAAGGUCUAAGAAAUUAGCAUAUGAGCCUACCUAGGUUUAGCUUUCAACUAAUACCAAUAGAACAAAGCAAAAUUGGUGAUAAAAGUAAAUUGGAAAGUUGUUUAAAAUUACAUGCCCUAUUUGAAUCAAGAAAGUUUAUUUGGACUUGACUGUCCCUUUAAAUCCUGUUCUUUUAUAUGUAUAACUAUAAUGUUUGAGCACAGGGUCCCAUUAAUUGUUAGCUCAGUGGACAACCAGACUAUUUUAUUUAAAGUUCCAAUCGUUUUGUCUUAAAACUGACCCAUAAUUGCACACUUUUCCCUACAUAGUAAAUUGUGUACCAUAUUUAUUCAGUAUAUUUAUCUGAUGUGUCUUCCAGGAUUACGCAUUUCCUUCCUAAAUAUGGGAUUUGUUUUUUCCCCAUUUUUGUUCAAGAGAAUGUACUUGGCUUUUUUAUCUGCUACUAAAAUGACUAGUGUUGAAUUCUCAUCAUAUUAAAAAAAAAAAAAGAAAUUAGAUGUUAAUAUUUUAAUAUGAAAUCUAAAAUUUUCUUAUUGUAAAUUUCUGUAAUCUUUGUAGACUUAUGUAAAAUGUGUAAUAUAAAAAUUCCAAUUAAAUA